AUGGAUCCUUCUUCUCAGCAAAUGGAAAACAUGUUGGUAUGUUCAAAAGAACAGCAAGAAAACAAACCAAAACCUCAGCCAGAACAAGCUCUGAAAUGUCCGAGAUGCGAUUCAACCAACACCAAAUUCUGUUACUACAACAAUUACAGUCUCACUCAGCCGAGAUAUUUCUGCAAAUCUUGCAGGAGAUAUUGGACUAAAGGUGGAACAUUGAGGAAUGUUCCUGUUGGUGGCGGGUGUAGAAAGAACAAGAGAUCAUCUUCCUCGAAGAGGGUUCAAGAUCAAGCAUUUGCGCCUAAUCAUAACCCGUUUUCAAACAUACCACAUUUUGAUCAAUCUAACGAGUUUGCAUUAGCAUUGGCUAGGCUUCAGAAACAAUCAUGUGGUGGACAAGUGGGUUAUGAUGAAAAUGAGCUUUCAAUGUUGGGAAACAAUGGAUCAAGCAUGAACCAUUCGAUGAACAUAAAUCAUGGGUUUAUGGAUGCAAUUAGAAGUGGGUUAUUCCUUGGAAAUGGAAUGCAUUAUAAUAGUAAUGUUCAAAAUAUGUAUGGUGGUGGGUAUGUAAAUGGUGACAGUGGAGAAGUGAAUAGUGGAAACAACAAUUGUGGGGUUAGUGAAGAGAUGAUCUUUAAUUAUGAUCAAGAAAUGAGCAAUUGCAAUGCUGCCAUUAACAUGAAGCAAGAACAAAGUGAAAGUAGGGUUUUUGGUGGUUUUCCUUGGCAGAUGAAUGGAGGAAUUGCAAACAUGGGUGAAGUUGAACAAGCAAGAGCUAGCUGGAAUAAUGGUUUCGCCACACCUUCUUGGCAAGGGCUUCUUCAUAGUCCUCUAAUGUAG